AUGGCGCCAACAAGCAGCAAUUCCACCGAGGACCUCCCCUCGGAGGUCCUCCAGGCACUGUCCAAGUCUGACCUGAUUUCGUCCACAGAAGCCUUUCCCGAUGUCCCCUUCAAAUCGAUCAAAGCUGCUCUAGACCGUCUCGCGUCCCGGUCUAUGGUCACAUACGAGCAGGUUGAGCGCGAAGAGGCUUUUCUGGAGCCCGAGGCUGAAAUUAUUGUGAGCCACGGCAGCCACGAAGCCCGUGUCUUCGAGGCGGUGCGCCAAGCCGUGGACGGUCUCUCGAUUCAGGACCUCGAGAGCAAGAUUGGUGACAAGACGGUGACCAAACUUGGUCAGGGCAAAGCCUUCAAGGAGAAGUGGAUUAAGAAGGAUGGUGCAAAGCUCAUUGCAUUGGUCGAAUCGAUCGACGAUGUAACACGGAACCAGCUCAAGGUCAUCCAGGAAAAGCGGACACACGACGCCAAGAUUGUAGCCGACUUGAAGAAGCGCAAGCUGCUAAAUAUGCAGAAGGUUAUCUCCUUCAGGAUAAGCAAGGGGCCCAAGUUCGCGCUCGAGUUGGUAAAGGAGGAGACAGAUCUCACGGCCGAAAUGCUAGCAUCAGGCUCAUGGAAGACGGCCGCCUUCAAGCCGUACAACUUCAAGGCGUUGGGUGCGGAUCAACACGCUGGCGCUCUACACCCUCUGAACAAGGUGCGACAGGAGUUCAGGCAAAUCUUCUUCGAGAUGGGCUUUACGGAGAUGCCCACAAACCGGUUUGUCGAGUCGGGAUUCUGGAACUUCGACGCCCUGUUCGUCCCUCAGCAACACCCUGCGCGCGACCUACAAGACACCUUUUACGUAUCAGACCCCGUGAGGGCUGGUAGGCCUGGGCCUGCAUCCGCGGAAGACAAAGCCGACUACGAGGCGUAUUUCCACAACGUGAAAGCUAUCCACCAGGAUGGAAAGUUUGGCUCAAUUGGGUACAGAUACCCAUGGUCCGAAGACGAAUCGCUAAGAAACGAGACCUUGGACGCCACUCAUCUCUGCGAGUUCCAUCAUGUCGAAGGUGUCAUCGCUGAUUACGGGCUGACCCUGGGCGGUUUGAUGGAGUUCAUGGACAUGUUCUUCGGGGCGAUGGGCGUGACUGAUCUGCGUUACAAGCCGGCCUACAACCCCUACACCGAGCCGAGUAUGGAGAUUUUCUCGUACCACAAGGGGCUCAACAAGCUCAUCGAGAUCGGCAAUUCGGGCAUUUUCAGGCCCGAGAUGUUGGAGGCAAUGGGUUUGCCCAAGGAUAUGAGAGUGUUCGGUUUCGGUUUGAGCUUGGAGAGGCCGACAAUGAUCAAGUACGGCAUGUCAAACAUCCGUGAACUGCUUGGCCACUCCGUCGACCUCAACUUCAUCCAAAGGAAUCCGGCGCCCUAUAGGGAUACGGAGCCGUCCCCACUCCCACGGGCACCCAAGACGAUUGGCACAUUCCUCAAGUUCUACACGUGGACACGUUGA